AGGCAUUUUAAUCACCAGCAGCUCGUUUUCAGAAAUGGGUUGUACUGCUCGUCCAUUUCUUUGCAGCUGUCAAAUUCGUAGAGCCUUCCUUCUCUCACUGUUGGUGCCGCUCCUGUCUAUUCCCCUGCAAAUUCAAGGGGGUAGGCUGAUGAAAGAUGACGAAAAGAAAAGCGAGGAGAUGGUGUUGUUGGGUGGAGCAUUGAUGGGAUCGAGGCCACCGAGCUGUGAGAUGAGAAGCAACAGAUGCAGAAGCCAUUGUGAGGCAGUUCAGGUGCCUGCGACUACAGUGGAUGAUCAGUCGAGCGUGGAUAAGAGAUCCAAUUACAAGCCCAUGAAGUGGAAAUGCAAGUGCGGGAACAGGAUGUUUAAUCCAUGA